UCGCAUAACGUGUUUAUUUAAAGCAUUUUGCACUUAGAAUUCUGGUAGAAAAUAUUUAGGCAUACUAAUUUGCGUCUGACGUUGUGUUUUGCAGUUGUGCAAGGUGUACUGUGUUAUUAACUGGCUGAGACUGGGUGACAAAUCAGUCUUCAGAUAUUUCCUCCACAACAUAAAAAGAGACCGAUGACAAAAGCACUCAAGCAUAUUUCGGUUUUGUUUUCAGUGCUUAUGUUAAAGUCUUGUAAAGCUGAUGGGAGUGAAGUCGAGUUUUUAACAACCGAAACCAGCGCAUUAUUCUGAAACCUAAAGGAGGGUCUGCAUAACUUGCAACUUGACAUUGAUUAAUAUUUCAAUAUGCCAAUAAAUAAAGUUCCAGUAGUGCACAAAUUUGGUAUACUUUCUCAAAGCCACCAAGCAGAACUUCAAAGAAGAUUGUUACAGAAAACACAGGAUUCACAUAAAGCAAAACUACAGAAUAAAGUUGUAAGAAAUCCUCUGGAAAUCACGGAAGAGUUCAUCCAACAGUUUAAAAAUGUUGAACAGCCAAAGGAAAAAGAGUCCUUUUUAGAUUUGGCUUGGAAGAUGCUCCAAGGGUGCAAGAGAAAAGCUGGCCUCAAUACAUCUGGUUAUGGACACCAUGUGGACAUUCCGGCUGCAUGGAUGGAUCUUGUACUGCUGGUUCAUUGCAAAGGAAGAAUACAAGAAGAUGCACUGGAUAUACUGUUGGUUUCGCUGGAUCAUACUCCAUUUCAGACAGACCAGAUUCCUGUCCUUUUUUUCAUUGCUGAGUCAGUUUUAUUCUGGAUCUGUGAUGAUACAGUACAGAGACCAUAUCUGUACUCUUCUGAAGUUAAAACACUAAAGCUUGGAUUUUUGGUAUUUUUGAGACUCUGGGUAUUUCAACUGUCCAGCCACCUGGAACAUCAUCAAGAGAGUAAAACUCAUCUGUACCCAUAUAUACAAGCACUGCAGAUGUGUAAAGGCCCUUACCAGCCCUAUCCAAAUGUUCUGUUUGCUGUACACUUCAUGAUUUCUGCAGGAACUAAAAUAUGUGGUGUGCAUGAAACCCAGCAUGAUGUGGAAGAGAAGGAGCAAGAAUGUACCCCCUCUGGACAGCUGCAAGCGACAUGUUAUCCCAUCGAUUUUAUGACACCUGAAGAGAAGGAGUGUGAAAUGAAUCAGUUUAUUUGGCACUGCCUGCUGGUCUGGUUUUGUGUGCACUACAACAUUCAUCAACUGGAAGAAGUUCUGCUACAACUUCAGCAAUGUAAAGAGGAACUUCAUCAGCAAAACUGGAUCAAUGCUACAGUGGGUUUGCUGAUCUUGGGUGAAGCCGCCAAAUUGAAUAUGUCAUGCAUGAAGGGUUUAAUGGACUUAGCAAGAGACAGUUUGACCCAGAGCCAUGAAGCAAACUACAAACAGAUAGAUACUAGCAAAAAAGCAUCAUCUUCCUGGCCUUGGGAAUUAGCCUAUGUCUAUACAACUGUAAUGGCAGACAUUUUUCUACAUGGUGAUACUUCAGAAAUAAAAAAAAUGGCCCUUGUUGGCAGCAGUAAUGAAGCUACCUUAAUGACAGCUGCAUGGCAUUCACAAAGAAUCGGACUGUGCCAGCUUCUGCAGUGUAACGUAUUGCAAAUGCCUGAUUGUGAUGACAUUAGUUGGUACAUUCGUUACAGUGCAGUACACAGUUUGGUGAAAUCCUGUCAUGUGCUUCAAGGGAAUGCAAGUCAGGAAGGACUAAGAAAUGCUGCCUGGACAGCUUUACAAAAGCACUUGUGUAAAGAAAACAACCACGUUCUACAAGCUGUCCAAGUAUCUGAGGUUGAGAUAAAUGGUCCGACAAAUCCUUUCAUUAAUGAGAGUGUAAAAGCGCCACCGGUUUUAAGGAUCUCAGCUGUAGCACAGCAUGUGGGCCAAAGAAUUGCCAGCAGAUUAGCUCAGUUCUACUUACCACCUGCUAUUCCUUACAUCCCCCUACCCAAAACUCAGAAAGAAAAGAGACCUGCACCUAAGAUUCCAGUUCUAAAGAAGCAUGUUUCAAAAAACAAAGCUACACAUCUAUCACCAAGGGAUAAUUCUUUUAUGAUAGACACACCUUAUGAACGUGGUCCUGAUUUCAAUAUUCGGACAGAAAUGGACUUACAAAGAGUGAUAGAAGAUCAGUGGAAAGAGGAAUUGCAAGUCAUUCUUAAGGAGGAAGAAGAAAUCCUUCAAAAGGAGCUGCAGGAAAAAAAGAAAAAGGAGGAGGAGCACUUCAAGGAGAUAAUGAAGAAAAGAGAAGAAAAACUGAACAAAAAGACUAAGCCCUAUGAGCUGUAAUUAGAGAACAGUUAAUAAAGCAGAAGCCCAUCAGUGAAAUCCAAUACUACAGACAGAUCGCUCAUUCUUUCUUAUUAGCUUAUCAAGGUAAUGAGGUCCUGCUUCCAUUUAUACUGUCAGGCAAAGCUCAUUGUGAAUGAUUCCUUUAUUUCUUCAGCUUGUCUCUGUUGUAUACACUCAUCAAAAAUAAAACAGAAUCCUAUAAACUGCUUUUCUAUUACUGAUCCCAAUGGCUUGUAGAUGAACACUUUAUUAACAUGAACAAAGAAGAAUGUUGUUUCCAACUGGCAGUUGUCUUUCUGUUUUUUUUUUAGAAACACCACUUUAGUUUCCAAGCACUCCAUCAUUAUUAUAAUGGUACCACACUAAAUUGUUUGUCUAUAAAUUGCUUGUCACUUCAUCCCACAGUGACUGAAAAAAAAAAAAGAUAAUGAAGGGGUGUCUUAUUUUGUUCUACUUUCUUAUAUCACAUAUGCUUAUUUUCCUUGUAGCAUAUGUUUUGUAUGACUAGUAUCUUUAAUUGAAGUUUAAUGUCCUGAAACUGAAUUUUUAAUGUGCUGUUUGUUUUAUGUGGUGCUUUUCUCCCCGGUCCUCUACUGAAAAUGGACAUAUAUCCAGUUAGACU